GGAGAUUUAAAUGGCCAGCUUGUGAAAAAGGUAGUGUGGGACAAUUAGAGGCAAGUGAGUUUCUCUGCUGAACGGAGCUCAGAGCAGGACUGAAAACUGUUGGUGCAACUUCAUGCAUGUUUCUUGGAGCCAUUUUUUUGGACUGAAUAGACUCCGUUUUUAACUUAUGUGCAGUGAAUAUGGUUUGUAAAAACCGGCUGGUACUCUUCGAUGCUGCAGACAGUAGAGUCGUUUUAGGCUUUGUACUUUGAUUCGGUUGAUUUUUAAAUGUGAAUAUAAAGAUUUUUCUUUCUUUUUUUUUGACAGUAUUAUUUUAUUGCAUCAGCUGCUCCAGUUCGCCUCUGGGGCCUUAUUCAUUAGUAAGCACAAUCUACUUCAUCGGGUUACACGCGGCUGCGGAGCUACGUGACUGCACUCACUCGCAGCUUUACUAAAACCGGGAACUGACUACUUGGAAACUGCCGGUCAGCAUCUUUUGUCUCCUCUGACUAGGACUGUGUUUUCUUUUUUUCUUCUUUUUUUUUAUGUUGGAUUGUUUUUUUAUUGUGUGCAUCGGGAGGCAUCAUCCACCCGCCUCCACUCGCAGACAUCGCGAAAUGAAACUCGGUUUUGUCAUCCAGACUGCAGUGGCGCUUUAUCUGCUGCUCUCACCUGCACAGACUCUGCCCUUAUCAGGCAUAAACAGUACGACUGAAGUGUUGAUGUUCCAAGAAGUGUGGGGCCGCAGCUUCUGCCGGACCAUUGAGAAGCUGGUAGAGGUGGUGCAGGAGUACCCAACAGAGGUGGAGCACAUCUACAGCCCCUCCUGUGUCCCGCUGGUGAGGUGUGCAGGUUGCUGUGGGGAUGAAAACCUGGAGUGCCAUCCCACGCAAACGACAAACGUCACCAUGCAGCUGUUGAAAAUCAGGCCCUCAGAGCCAGAUCAAGAAUAUGUUGAGAUGACGUUUGUGGAGCAUCAGACAUGUGAAUGUAGAGUCAGGAAACCUAUUGUGAAGGUUGAAAGGAAAAGGCCAAGAGGAAGAGGAAGGAAGAGAAAGGAGAGACAAAAAACAAAAGAAUGCGACAGGUGCCAGAACCCUCGCAGGUAACUGCAGUGGCGACCCAACCGCCUGUUGCAGUGUGGCUCACUAUUUAUUUCCAACCCAGAGACAGCAUCAAGAGUCUCCUCCACUCAUCUAUUAAUACUGGGUCCGCAGACUCAAACAGCUGGGUUGUUUUGCUGACACGCCCUUCUGCUGAUGGGCACAGCGUUUGUAAUGACGAGCUUCAACAGGAAGUGUGUUUUGAUUAGUGGAAACACUGCUGUUUCACACCUGACACAAUGGACAUGCCUGGGAGCCAGUGCAAUGUAGAACCAAACAGACAAUGCCUUCUUUUUUAUACUAGCUAUUACUGUAUCAGUUAUUGUAAUUUGGUCAUUUCUUUGGUAUUUAAAGGUGGCUACACUUGUUUAAAGUCUAUAUUUAUUGAUACAGCUGAAUAUAUUUGGACCAAUCUUUAAAAAGUUUGUCAUUCUUUGUUCAAACAUUAUCCAAUAAGCUUUGACUUGUCACAGCAGCAUAUGUUGGACUGAGUGUACAGCUGCUUUGUACAUUCAAUAAUGUAAUGUCUCCCUCUAGUGUUUAUGGAAACAGUGUUCAAAACUGCUCUAAAGAAAAGUAUUUUUUUCUAGGUCAACUCCAAAAUAAGAUUAUAGAAAGGGCAGUGUUGUCAGUCACAAUCAAUCACAUCUUAGCGAUUGCAAGGUUCUCACAGAUAUAAAAGCAUUUUCUGUUGUUUGUGCAGUUAAGCAGCACACAUUUGUGUCCACCCUGGUGACACAAGUCUCCCAUAAGCCCACACCACAGGUGUCUUCCUAUGUCUGUUUUUGGAAACACUGCAGUAAGGAAGGGAUCAAUUGAAGUAGUUCUGUAAAAUGAUGUCCUGUUGUAUUUUUUUUCAUGUACUACAUAAAGAAAAUCUAUGAAAAUGUAAAAAGUAACAUUUCUACUGUGUUAGUAUUUUUAUUUCAUUUAAAUAUUUAUUUUGUAAUUAAAUUGUUAUGUUGUCA